CUUUGUUUAUUUUUCAAUUUUUUCUCACAAUCUGUUAUUUGAAUUUCAGAAAAUGGCUCGGAGAAAUGAGUCAACGCCUGAACGAAUGCAACUACACGAGCAAAUUGCCAACAUUUCUGUGACGUUCAAUGACAUUCCUCGCUCGGAUCACUCAAUGACUCCAACAGAACUAUGUUAUUUUGAUGAUUUUGCUACUACGCUUGUCGUCGACUCGGUUCUCAACUUUACUACCCAUAAAAUGAGCAAAAAGCGACGCUAUUUGUAUCAGGACGAGUAUAGAACGGCUCGAACAGUUAUGAAAACAUUCAGAGAGCAACGAGAUUGGACCAAUGCAAUUUACGGACUUUUGACUCUCCGAAGUGUUUCACAUUUCCUCUCGAAACUUCCUCCGAACAAGCUAUUUGAAUUCCGUGAUCACAUUGUUCGAUUUCUCAAUAUGUUCAUACUUGAUUCUGGGUACACCAUCCAAGAAUGCAAACGCUAUUCGCAAGAAGGUCAUCAAGGUGCAAAACUUGUUUCAACUGGGGUUUGGAGCCGCGGCGAUAAAAUUGAGCGGCUCAGCGGUGUCGUGUGCCUGCUAUCCAGCGAAGAUGAGGAUUCUAUACUGGCUCAAGAAGGAAGCGAUUUCUCUGUGAUGUACAGCACAAGAAAACGCUGUUCGACUCUAUGGCUAGGUCCAGGUGCCUAUAUCAAUCAUGACUGUCGGCCGACCUGUGAAUUCGUAUCACAUGGAAGUACAGCUCACAUUCGAGUUCUUCGUGACAUGGUUCCCGGUGACGAAAUCACCUGCUUCUACGGCAGUGAAUUCUUCGGUCCAAACAACAUAGACUGUGAAUGUUGCACUUGCGAGAAGAACAUGAAUGGAGCUUUCAGUUAUCUCCGUGGAAACGAGAAUGCUGAACCAAUAAUUUCGGAGAAGAAGACCAAAUAUGAACUCCGCUCACGAUCCUAAAUCAUAAUUUUCAAUCAUUUUUACAAAUUAAUUCAUGUUCCAUGGCCAGUGUAAAUACGAUAUCUUUUACGAAGAGAAGCAUUGGCUUUUCUUUUCUUUAAAUUCUGAUAUCAAAUUUCUAUUUUCAGUAUAGCACAGCCCCAGUACCAGUACCGCAGUUUUCAGUACACUAGAUACCUGAAAUCCAUAGCGAUCCCAAAGAAACUUUCUUCCCCCUUUCCUUUUUGGUUCUUGUGUGUGUACAACGAUCUCUAUCUGUGCUCUAUUUUGUUUUCUUAUUUUCAUUCUUUAAAAUUCCAGAUUCAUUUUUGAAAUUACAGUAUGUCUAAUCAAUAAAUUAUUUAUAAGAAGAUGAUACACUU